AUGACUGCGCCCCCUCAUCGGCAUUCCACCUUACGCCAGUAUUUAGACGCGCCGCCAAUGGACGACAAUUAUUUAAAUUUUGAUUUGGCAACACGAGGUACCCUCGCCACUGGUGAAAUUACAAAUUUACAAUCGAUGCCCAGUUAUUAUUCUAGGGUACCGAUACCGGUACCUCCAGAGCUGGGAGGUAAGACAGCGUCGCAAGAGUCCUCGGUGAUACAGUCUGGACACCAAAUGGCCCCAAUUAAGUUUAUAGGGCGUAAAGGUUCCAAAUUUAGGCCCACAUGGCUUGAUUCGUAUGUUUGGCUUCAAUACGAUGAGCAACAAAAUUUAAUGUACUGUAAGUUUUGUCGUAAGUGGAGCGGUGAAAUGCCUGACAUUAGAACCUCGUUUGCUGAAGGUAGUACUAAUUUUCGUUUGGAAAUUGUUAAUCAUCACGAUAAGUGCAAAGCGCAUCGAUUGUGUGUGGCUAGGGAGUACCAUUCACAAGGUGACAGUAGCACUAGCACUCCGAGUACCAGCACUAGAACUACUAAUUCUUAUAACUUGCAAAGUUCCCGAUUUUCAUCUGUGGAGCAAAGUUUGGGCAUUGUAAUUGAGAGGAACGACAACGAGAGGGGGGAUAACAAUAAUGAACAGGCUAUAAAUAGUGAAAAUAUGUAG